ACAUUCUCAAUUAGUAAAAGCAAUUCUAACAUAUGAAAUCGACAUCUCUCUUUUGAUUUGAAAUUUUGGAUGACUGAUCUUCGAAUCUAAAUAAGAUGUUUUAGAAUUGGCACUUAAGUUGAAUUUUAAUUCAUUUUAUUUAAAAAAUGUAAAAUUAAAUUAUUCUUCCUUGGUAGGAAUUUGACUGACUAUUUACUAAUGCAGACAAUUUGAAUGAAAAAAUUUGAUCCUCAAAUAUUGAAUUUACUUCAACUAUACAAAUUAUUUUCUAUUGAUCUGAUUUUGUUAUCCAAGUUAAUUUCUUAAAUGGUUAGAAUAAUAAAUAAUAGUAGAUUAUUAAUAAUGGAAUUAUUUUUGAAUUGGAUUUAGUUCUUAGAGAUUUUAUCAAAAAUCAAUUACUAAUAAAAAUAUUAAUUGAAGCUAAAAUUGGAUGAAACUUCUUAAUUGCAGAAACUAGGAAUUAAUUCCAAAAUUUCUAAGUUAAUCAUGUUUGCCAAUUAUUUAUUUUUGUUUUAUUUAGGUACAUUCUUUUAAUUAAUUGUAAAUAAAAAUGAAGUUCUAAUCAACUUUUAAAAAUAAGCACAAUCAAUAUUUAUUGUGGUAGUACUGAAAUCAGGAUAAAUUCUUUGAAUGAUAAAAUGUUCAAACAGAGUUAACCAAUAAUUUAUUAUUGAGCUUCCUGCAAUAGCUAUAUUCAUUUGACUUAAGAACUAAUACUAUUCAUCAAUUUCUUGAUAGUAAGAUGAAUUGCCAUGGCCUAAGGCUUAGAAAUUUAUUUAUUUUAUCAUUUUUAUAGUGGUCUUUUACAUUUUU